UCAAUGUUUGUGUGCAUGUCCCCUUUGUCUUCCACCAGGCUUUAAGAUGUCUCAGAAGAUCAAGGCAGGCUCUGUGGUGGAGAUGCAGGGAGAUGAAAUGACUCGGGUCAUCUGGGAGCUCAUUAAGGAGAAGCUCAUCUUCCCCUACCUGGAGCUCGACCUGCACAGCUAUGACCUUGGUAUGGAGAACCGAGAUGCAACAGAUGACCGGGUGACGGUUGAGGCGGCAGAGGCAGUCCGCCGUUACAAUGUGGGCAUCAAGUGCGCCACCAUCACACCAGAUGAGAAGCGAGUGGAGGAGUUCAAGCUUAAGCAGAUGUGGCGCUCGCCCAAUGGGACCAUCCGUAACAUCCUAGGAGGCACAGUGUUCAGGGAGGCUAUCAUCUGUAAGAACAUCCCCCGCCUGGUGCCCGGCUGGGUCAAACCCAUCAUCAUUGGCAGACAUGCCCACGGAGACCAGUACAAAGCCACGGACUUUGUGGUGCCUGGGCCUGGGAAAGUGGAGAUGACCUACACGCCCACAAGUGGAGAGCCAAUUAAAUUUGUCGUUCAUGAGUUUGAGGGCACAGGGGGUGUAGCCUUGGGGAUGUACAAUACAGACAAGUCCAUCAGGGACUUUGCCCACAGCUCCUUCCAGAUGGCUCUGUCCAAAGGCUGGCCUCUCUACCUCAGCACCAAGAACACCAUCCUGAAGAAGUACGACGGUCGCUUCAAAGACAUCUUCCAGGAGAUCUACGAGAAGGAAUACCGUGCUCAGUUUGAGGCCAAAGGCAUCUGGUAUGAGCACCGGCUGAUAGAUGACAUGGUGGCCCAGGCCAUGAAAUCUGAGGGAGGCUUCAUCUGGGCCUGCAAGAACUAUGAUGGAGACGUACAGUCUGACUCUGUGGCACAAGGCUAUGGCUCCCUGGGUAUGAUGACCAGUGUGUUGAUCUGUCCUGAUGGACGCACAGUGGAGUCUGAGGCCGCCCAUGGCACAGUGACCCGCCACUACAGACAACACCAGCAGGGAAAAGAGACCUCCACCAAUCCCAUAGCCUCCAUCUUUGCAUGGACACGGGGCCUGCUCCACCGGGCAAAGCUGGACAACAACACAGAGCUGCGAGUGUUCUCUGAGGCACUGGAGGCCGUUUGCAUCGAGACCAUCGAGGCCGGUUUCAUGACCAAGGAUUUGGCGAUCUGCAUCAAAGGACUGCCAAAUGUGACACGUGCAGACUUCUUGAACACCUUCGAGUUCCUGGACAAGCUGGCAGAAAACCUGAAGAUUAAGCUAGCCAACCAGCCCAAACUGUGAUCUCACCUCGCAGCCUCUGCAGUUAAAACACAAACACAAACACACACGCACACAGAUGACAUCUACACAGCCACUGGAAUUAACACUGGAGCAGGGAGGAGUGUGCCCCAGAACUCCAGGAGAUCAAAUCAUUCCCUAAACUGGGCUCUGAUCGAGCAGGGUGCCUUGUCCACAAGAAAGGGGAAUGGAGGCUUCUGACCAGUAUGGGCCAACAUCCCUGUUGAUGUAUCACCACUAGACAAAAAGCCAACCUGAAAACACAACUCAAACAUUAACAGUGUCCAGGAAUGACGCUGGACGAAUGAACUGAUGGCCCAGUGACCUUGUUUACCUGAAUUGCACUAGGUCCCCUGAAGUGUGUGUGGUGUGUGUUGUCAGUAUUUGUUGGUGAUCUGUGCUAGACAGGGGACAUGAUUAGUCUAGGGGAGAGACUCUAGACCCUCACUGCCUUAUUUGUUUUGUGUCAAAGUCAUCAGUUGAUUCUGGUCAUCUCCUAUGUCUUGUAAUGAUUUAACAAUACCUCAGGCAACAUUGUAUGAUUUAGCACCAGAUGAAAGAAAACAGUAGUAGCACUGUCUGUAUUUCACUAAUGAAAUUUUAUGGUUAUGCAUCAUGAAACACAUAAUAUAUUGACUGACUGUCAUUUAUAGCAAUCAAACAAGGGUUGUGACUCUUCUUACACAAUUUGUAAACAGUUUUCAGACCACAGUACAUGCUUUUAGAUUUUGUACUCAUUAACUUUACUAGUCACAGUUGGUAAAGAAAUGUAUUUAUUUGUCCUUCCUUUAUGUGUGUGUGUGUUUUAAUACCCAGUUUGUCGUCAGUGCAUAUCCUGCCAAAAUAUCUACAUCACAUUCUCCAUCUGUUGGUGUGUAAUCAACAUUAUGUUCAUUCCUCAUUAUAACUCAUAAUAAAUGAGUUUUUGAAGAAA